AUGGGGAGGGUGUUGAAAGAGCUUACAUACACACAAGGUUACACUCUCACUAAACCGAUGAUGCACAUGAGGGUUGUAACCUGCCACUGUGCUCCACAACUGACGGUGGAUGCUAGAGCAGUGGCACUGCCAGAGAAAAGUCCAGUAGCUGCAACAAAAUUGUCCAAAGUGAAAGAGCCUCAUGUUGCUAAGGAGAAUGCCAAUGCGGGGGAAUUGGAGGAUGAAAAUCCAGCAGUUCCAACAGAACCGAUUCUUGAUCCAAACACAACCUUCAUUCAUGGGCAUAUUGAUGAUCCUAAACACAGCCAUGAGAUUUGUUAUGUUGUUUCGAAAGGAAGCAAGAUCAGCAACCAUACAAUUAGACCACAACACGACUCACUUCUUUUGCAGGUCAAGUGUGUAGAGCCAAAUCUUGCUCAAAAUGAGGAGAACACAGUUGCCGUUGAGGAAAUCAAAGAGAAGACAUUGGCAGCAGCUGGUGGAGAGAACAAAGCCGUGAAGAUAACUGAUUCAGAAAAAGUUCAGAGAGAGUGGACUUGUGCUUUAUGUCAGGUGACAGCCACAAGUGAGAAGAUCUUGGACUCUCAUCUUCAGGGGAGAAAACACAAGGCUCAAGAGCUGAAAGCAAGUAUGCAAGUGAACAAAAACACCGAUGGUGAGAUAAAUCAUUUGCAGGGGCGGAGGUAUCUUGCGGGGCCGGAGGUGCCCGGCCCCACCCCUAAAAAGUUCAUAUUAUUUCUUGAAGGAAAAUUGAUGCAGGAGCAUAAUGAAGCUGCUAGAAUUGAGGGGACGAUUCUCAAUUCUUCUAAUCUUGUCUUUAAUUUUUUGUCUAAGUAUCUAUUUAAUUUUCAGUCAUCGUUCUCGGAGUCAUUCGUUAAUCAAAGAGUCAUUGAGUCGACCGAAGAGUCAUUUAGUUUUUCUAUAUGCACAAGGAGUCUAAAGGUUGAUUCUAGUUUCUAG